AUGGCUGAAGUUGCUGGACUCGCGCUUGGCGUCCUAGGCCUCGCUGGUCUGAUCGGCGCUUUUAAAGAUACCAUCGAUGUUUUCAACACCGUUGUAGAUAUGCGCCAUAUGGGCCGUCAUUAUCAAGUCCUCGAUAUCAAGCUAGAUAUAGAAAAGGCCCUCCUCCUUCAGUGGGCGGAUCGGGUGAAACUUCUUCAAGCUGAUCACGACGUGCGACUGAAUGAACCGAAUACCCAAACCCUCGUUCUGCGGAUCCUUGGUUCAGUUCGAUCACUUUUAACGGACGCGGAUCAGUUACAAAAGCGAUAUGGGUUGCGACUAGAAUGUGACACUGAGACAGCGACCUUGCCUCCCAUCUCGACCUCAAUGGGUCUUGAGCCGGACUUUUCAUAUCUGCCCUCCAGACUAUUGAGCGGACCGAUUCCGCUCCAAAAUGUGAGUUCCGACCAACAGCGAGAUCAAUCUCAGUCUGGCUGGAGGUUCAGUCAGAAGCGCAUGAAGAGCUUUGUGAAACGGCUCGAAGCACUGCCAGUUCCGGAACAAGGUCGGGCGACCACAACAUCUAUUGCCCAAAAGACACGUUGGGUUAUCAGGGAUAAACAGAAGUUUGAGGUUCUCAUCCAAUAUCUUGCCGAGCUGACGACCAAACUCGAUCAGGUUGUCCCUCCGUCAAGUUCCGAAAUUGCCCGCUCAAUGAUCCAGAGCGAUAUCGAGCUCAUCAAAAAGGAUGUCAGAAAGCUUUUGUUGUUUCAGGAAGCGGCAGGAAACCAUACAGCUAUAGCUCAAUCAACAGAGGAGAAUCUCGAUAUUAUGCGCCAGGCUCGCAUUUUGAACACACUAUGGUUCAGGAUGAUAAAUGAUAGAUCCGAAAGCAUCUCAAAGAAUCAUCGGGACACCCUUCAAUGGGCCAUUGAAGGUUCAAAUAACACCGAGUCCUGGCAUGAUCUCCCGUCUUGGCUUCUCAACGGCUCGGGCAUCUACUGGGUCUCUGGGAAAGCCGGAAGUGGCAAGUCAACCCUGAUGAAGUUUGUCUUUGGACACCAGCGAACCACGUCGAUCCUAUCUCAAUGGGCUAACGGAGGCCGAGUUCUUACGUGUCAUUACUUCUUCUCCAACUUGGGAACAGAUCUCCAGAAGAGCCAGGCUGGACUCUCCCGUACAUUGAUUUAUCAGAUACUGGAUAAAAACAGGUCACUGAUUCAAGAAGCACUUCCUAAUAUGUGGAAAGAAUUACUCGAAAGAGAGUCUAGCCUGCGAGAAAAGGAUGUGGUCAUGCAUGAAAACAUCACUUUACCUUCAGUAGCCGAGACCCGGCAAGCAUUUGAACUUAUCUCAGCAAAUAGCGGCAGGAUAGGACACAUCUGCUUCUUCAUCGAUGGCCUUGAUGAACUUGUUGGGGAUUAUCGUGAUAGUAUCGACUUCAUUAGCAAGCUGGCUCAUAACGAGCAGUCCAAAGUCGUCGUCUCCAGCAGGCCUAUUCCGACCUGCGUCGCUGCCUUCCAAAAGCAUCCUCAAAUGAAACUGCAAGACCUCACGCGGCACGAUAUACAAGCAUAUGUUCAGUUCAAAGUUGGAAGCCAUCCGUCUAUGAAGCGAUAUAUGAGACGGUAUCCCGAAGAAUCGGCCUCCUUACUCAAUGAACUUGUUGACAAGUCUUUUGGAGUCUGGCUGUGGAUAAUACUGGCUUGUAGAUCUAUUUGUGGAGGUUUCGAUGAUCAUGAUCGCCUUUCAGAAAUUCGUCGUCGCGUAGACGAACUCCCGCCAGAGCUUAAGGACAUGUUCAUGCAUAUGCUCAGCAAGGUUCACAGACGGCAUCAAAGACAAGGAGCUCAAUUGCUCAAGAUCUGCUAUACAUAUCAGAAGACCAAGUCACUGUUUCUCCAGAAAGGCUUAUAUGCGCUAGGCCUUGCACUUGUGGAUGACUAUAAUACGCAGACUGUCUGCAUUAAGAAUCUUGACGCCGAGGAGAAGCUAGAAAUAUGCGAAGAACUUGAAGGUCGACUGAGGAGUCGGUGCUGGGGUUUACUGGAGUUUGCAGACUUUAAGCCUGCAACUUCGGGAAGAGACAUAACGGAAUCAAAGGUCAUAUUCAUGCACCGAACUUUCUUCGAGUUUCUGAACGAUCAAAAUAUAUGGAAGCUUGACUGUCUACAAAUACGAGACCUAAAUUUCGAAUCAGCUACAGCCUUAUCACUCUAUGGCGCACAUAUGGCUGUCCAGAAGCUUGGUGAAUAUAAUGAAGUGGCGGCCAUGGAUCUACUCGAGGAGGGCCUUUGGUGGGGAGCUGAAGCCGAUAAGCAGAGACCUAGUGACACCAACAACUGCUUCUUCCAUCUUACGGCCUUUCUAUCGCUUCUGUCAGAAAGAAGACCUUCGUGCGAUACGCUCCAGCUCCAGCGACUUGCACAGGCAUUAAACGCUGGUGAGCUGUCUGACUGCUCACAUACGGACAAAUGCCCACCUACCUCGUUACUACUCGCCGUUGAAGCGGCGCAACGAACUUUGUCAAAAACCACUCAAGUUUCACAACAACAAAUCAUGACUGUCAGCGCGGAUGCAGGCCCCUUCUAUACCAUGCGCUCAGGAAACCAUUCCUCAGUGACAAAUUUAACGAUCGUCCAUCACUCUCACGUUUCAGCACCUCUCACAUGGUGGAGAUGCUUCUUCUGA